GACCGGUACUUGUUUCACUGUUACUUCCGCGUCCUCCUCGUCCCGUUCCUCCAAAGGCACCGAACAGCCAUCACAGAUCCGAGCUCGCAUCCGCCUGGGCAACCACCGCGAGCGGUUCCGAGACCCAACCCCAGCCUUCUGUCCGGUAGCCUCGCCGCGGCCGCGGGUGGGCGGCCAUGGAGGACUACCCGGAGGAGCUGCGGACGCCGCCGGUGCCGCUCGUAUCCAUCGUGGGGUGCCCGGAGCUGCACGCCUCGAUCUCGGCGGCGCUCAGCAUCCAGCAGCCGCCCAUGAACACGCUGGCCCUCCCGGACUUCUCCAAGGCCAACAUCCUCUCCCGCACCGCCAAGAACCGCGACCCACUCGCGCCGCCUCAGGCCCCCUCGGGGAUCCUCAAGAAGGACUGGCUCCUCAAGCAUCGGACCCGGGUGCCCGCUGCCGUCGCCGCGCUAUUCCGGGCCGAUCAGGUCUCCGGUGACCCCGCCCAGUGGCUCCAGGCCUGCUCCGACCUCGAGAAUCUCAAGUCUAUAAUUCAGGGAAGACACAGUAAAUUAGUGGUGAUCCUUGUACAGGCUCAGGCUGGUGAUGAGUUGGGCGAAGAAGUUACAGUUGCCCUGAGAAAACGUGCAGAGAUUGACUCGAAGAACCUGAUUGUGUUAGUUCAGAACGAUGAAACAGAACGGAACAAAUCUCUCCUCAAGCUGAUGAGUGUUUUUGCGGAGUUAUGUUCCACAUACUACAAAGAGGAAGGUCGAAGGAUAAAAGCCCGUAUCGAGAAGAGGAACUUCUCUUCUGUUGAGCUGAGUGUCCGCUACUGCUUCAAGGUCGCUGUUUAUGCGGAGUUUAGACGGGAUUGGCCAGAAGCAUUAAAGUUCUACGAGGAAGGAAUUCGUGUUUUGCGUGAGAUGAUUGGCACUUCAACAAGGUUGCCUCCAGCCCAACGCCUUGUUGAGAUCAAAGCAGUUGCUGAUCAAUUUCACUUUAAGAUAUCAACGUUGCUACUUCAUGCUGGGAAAGUUGUAGAGGCAAUCACAUGGUUCCGUAAACAUAUUCGAAGCUUUGAGCGUGUUAUUGGAUCACCAGAAGUUGCUUUUCUUCAUUGGGAAUGGUUUAGCAGGCAGUUCCUUGUCUUUGGCGAGCUAAUAGAGACAACAUCUACAACUGUUCCAGAUACACUAUCUCCUCGGUUUGGUACUGCUGACAAUGCAUUGACUGAGUGGGAAUUUCAGCCAGCUUACUACUACCAGUUAGCGGCAAAUUACUUGAGAGAGAAGAGGUGUGCCUUAGAGUGCUCUUCGUCAGGGGCAAACCUUACCGGAGAUAAUGGAAUACCUGACUCAAUAAUGCCUUCUGUAUAUGUUGGCCAAUAUGUCCGCUUGUUUGAGCAAGGAGAUACAAUUUCUGUGCUUCCCCUAUCUGAUACUGAAUACACUAGCUAUGCUUUGUCAGAAGCUGAAAGGUUUCAAGAUUCGUACGAGAUAAUUGCAUUGUUCAGAAAAGCUUAUGAAUCAUUUCAGAGUCUAGGUGGGACAAGAAUGGCUUCUUCCUGUAGUGCUGGAAUGGCUAUAGAGUAUUAUGCGGCUGGGGAUUUUAGUAAUGCGAAACAGCUUUUUGAUGUUGUUGCUGGUCUAUACCGUCAAGAGGGCUGGACUACUUUGCUCUGGGAAAUCCUGGGUUACUUGAGAGAAUGCUCAAGAAAACUUAAUUCUCUGAUGGAUUUUAUCAGCUAUUCACUAGAGAUGGCUGCAUUACCGUUAUUCUCUGACAGGGUACAGAGCUUCUCUGAAAAUAAAAGUAAGAGUGGACCAGCGGGUUGGCCUACUAUUUCCAGGAGAGAGGACAUACAAGAGGAAGUCGUUAAUAUUCUUGAAAGGAAACAUACACCAGAAGUUGUUGAUGGUGAAUUUAAUCUUCAGUUGACAGAAGAUAAUGCUCAUCUUGAUAUUGAUCAAAUAAGUCCUCUAAGAAUAGUGCUUGUUGCAUCUGUUGCUUUUCAUGAUCAAUCUGUAAAACCUGGUUCGCCUCUGCUUGUCAGUGUGUCAUUGUUGUCUCAUCUUCCUUCUCCUGUCGCGGUUGAUCAAUUGGAGGUUCAAUUCAACCAACCUGACUGUAACUUUGUCAUGGUUAGUACCGAGGAAGGUUCUUCUGGGUUAAAUUCACAUUUUCAUGGCCAAGUUGUUCAGUCUACUUCUCUCACACUGUUCAGCAAUAAAUGGAUGCGGUUGACGCAUGAAAUUAAAUCAGGUCAGAGUGGAAAACUGGAAUGUUUGUCGGUAAAGGCAAUAAUAAACAAACGCCUAGUGGUUUGUUGCCAGGCUGAAAGUCCUGCUUCAAUGGAAGACUUCCCAUUGUGGAAAUUUGAGGACCAAGUGGAGACUUUGCCUGCAAAGGACGCUGCACUAGCCUUUUCUGGCCAGAAACUGAUCCAAGUUGAAGAGCUAGACGCUCAAGUCGACCUUGUCUUGGAUUCUAAUGGCCCUGCACUGGUCGGAGAGUUAUUUGUUGUCCCAGUGACAAUAUUAUCAAAAGGGCAUGCAGUUCAUUCUGGCGAGCUGAAAAUUAACCUUGUGGACGCUAAAGGUGGUGGUCUUUUGAUGAGUCCAAGGGAAACAGAAGAAUCUGAAACUCAUCAUGUUGAACUUAUUGGUGUCUCAACUGUAGCUGGUGAUGAAGUGUCAAAGGACGAAGUUGACAGCAUAAGAAAGAUUCAGUAUUCAUUUGGGGUUGUAUCAGUUCCGACGCUCGGCGUGGGUGAUUCCUGGUCCUGCAAACUGGAAAUUAAAUGGCAUGGAGCUAAGUCGGUCAUGCUCUAUGUUUCACUUGGCUAUUCCCUAGACUCAAGUGAAGAUGCAGCACUGCACAGGCUCAACGUGCACAGAAGCUUGCAGGUUGAAGGGAAGAUCCCCAUGAUAGUCGGGCACCAAUUUUUGAGACCAUUUAGGCGAGCACCCCUGUUGCUAUCUAGGAUAAGAUCCUCAAGUGGUGACGAUAAAAAAGAUUCGCUUGCUAUGAACGAGUCCAAUAUGCUUAUUGUGAGUGCUCGAAAUUGCACCGAGGUGCCUUUGCGUCUGCACUCGAUGGCCAUUGAAUCUGAUGGUGAUGGGAUGCAGCUCUGCUCAGUGGAACAGAUCAGCGGAAUUUCUGACGAGUAUGCAGUUGUUGCUCCUAAUGCAGAAUACAAAGGAAUAUUUUCAGUCAAUCCACGGGCUAUCAAUCCGAACUUUUAUUUAGGUGAAAUUUGCGUGAACUGGUCAAGAGAUUUACACCUCGGAGAGAAUGAAGAUAGCCAUGUUAUAAUGAAACAAAGAUUGCCUGAGGUUCAUAUAGAAGAGCCACCGCUUCUUGUGAGCAUCGAGUGCCCUCCCUAUGCUAUCCUUGGAAUCCCGUUCACUUUCUACGUGAAGAUCCACAAUUCAACUUCUUUACUUCAGGAAAUCAAGUACUCUCUUGUUGAUUCCCAGAACUUUGUUUUCUCUGGGGCUCACAAUCAUGCUGCUUUCAUUCUUCCGAAAACCGAGCACACUUUCAGUCAUAAGCUGGUGCCGCUUGGUUCCGGGUCUCAGCCAUUGCCAAGGAUAACAGUAACUUCAGUGAGGUACUCUGCUGCAUUAUCUCCUCCAACCGCAGCGACAACCGUCUUCGUGUACCCCAGCGAGCCUAAAUUCAACCUCGAAAAGAGCCAUUCCAGAUCUGAUGAAUGUGUAAGCUAGCUUAGAGUACUUCCACGAGCUCCGCUGUCCACGCUUACGCCGCGUUCAGCUUGGCUCCGGUGCGCAAGCAAGUUAUGCUACUGGGAAUGGAGAAAAGAAGCCAUCAGUGAUGCACUUCUACCUUCCUGUUGAACAGGCUUGAAGCAAAAUGCUGUUGCUGGACGGCGAUUGGCACGAUGCUAAAGUUUUGGCCCUGUUUUGAUUUUUGUACACCUUUUGGAUUGACCACAUAUGCCUGUAGCUUGUGAAUAUACUCCAUUGAUUUUGGCUCAAGGAUAACACACACAGGCUGGGUGCUGUAUGUAAAUUAGCAUAUCCCACCAGGCAAGUGGGGAAUAGGCGAGCCCCAUAUCUACAAGUAGUAGGAAGUUUAUGUUUUUCCUGCUCCCAUGAUUCCAUUGUUUCCUGUAAAACAGUAAACUUGUGUUUAUCUUUUAGACCGGCACCUUACCCCAUUGCUGUUCCUUUCCA